GCUUAGUCUGCGCCUUCGGUUCUCCGCAAAUUCAAGCGGCAUUUCGUCUGGUUUCCCUGAAAUUGACUCGCUGUUUGAUUCGUUCCACAGUGCGGGCUGUUGGUGGCGUGUGGUUUUUUUUUCUUCUUCUCUUCCCUCUCGUGCCGCGACGCUGCUUGUUGGCAUUGGGCCGAUAGGGUGUGUGAUCGUUCUGGUCGUCAUGCCAGGAGAUUCUCUUGUUAUUCUGGGAUUAAUCCGGCGGGCAUUCAUUUAGUAGCUAUCACGAUAAUGGCUUUUCCAGGCGUUUGGCUCAUCACCCUCCCAGCACCCCGUGCCGGUUCUUUAGUUUCAUCCCCAGACUCUUUAAGAACGGCGGAUCCUGCUCCUCAUUCUCCUCAUUUUGCCUCCGCAUUUUCUCCCCAGAUUCUUGGGUCCAUCUAGAAUUGAAAGCGUUGGAAGAAGGAGAGAGAGAAAAAAAAAGGGAAGAAAGUGAUUAAUUGAUAUCGCCAUGCGUCUUUCUCCUGCGUGGUACCAGUUCCUGGUCGGCGUGUUCGCCUCCCUGGGAUCGUUCCUUUAUGGAUACGAUCUAGGUGUUAUUGCAGAGGUUAUUUCCUGCGCAUCAUUUAAAUCCAAGUUCGCAGCAAAUGAUACACAAACCGGGUUGGUGGUAUCAAUGUUCACGGCUGGUGCUUUCUUCGGAGCUGGGGGUGCUGGUGCCGUUGGUGAUGCUAUUGGGCGACGAUGGACUAUCAUUAUCGGUUGUAUUGCCUUCUGCCUGGGCGGUGGUCUUCAGACAGGAGCGCAAAAUGUAGAAUAUCUGUACAGUGGAAGAUUCUUCGCGGGAUUUGGAGUUGGUUUCCUUACUAUGAUCGUUCCCCUGUACCAGGCCGAGAUCUGCCAUCCUGACAUUCGAGGCCGUGUCACUGCCCUGCAGCAAUUUAUGCUUGGUGUCGGAGCCCUUUGCGCAUCCUGGAUCUCUUACGGUACUUACAUCGGCUUCUCAGAGGACAACGAUGCCCAGUGGCAGGUGCCUCUAGGUUUACAGGUUGCUCCCGCUGUUUGUCUUGGUCUACUUAUCAUGCUCUUCCCUGAGUCUCCCCGUUGGCUCAUUGAUCACGGUCAUAACGAGGAGGGACUGAAGACUCUUGCAAAGCUGCACGCUUAUGGAGACGAGAAUGACGCCUGGGUCCGCGCGGAAUACAACCAGAUUCAAGAAAGCAUUGUCCAUGAACAUGAAAACGAGGCUAAAUCUUACGUUGAGCUGUUUACUUCGCGCUCUUCUUUCCGCCGCUUAUUCCUUUGCUGCGCCCUGCAAGCUUCUGUGCAAAUGACGGGUGUAUCUGCUAUUCAAUACUACUCGGUGGACAUUUACGGCCAGAUUGGAAUCAAGGGCGAUGAGACUCUACGCUACCAGGCGAUUAAUUCCAUCAUUGCCUUGGUCGCCCAGUUCCUUUGCAUGAUGCUCAUCGAUCGCUUCGGCCGUCGCUGGAGUUUGAUUGGUGGAAACUUGGGCAAUAUGGUCACCUUCAUCAUCGCCUGCGUCCUCCUAGCCAAGUUCCCUCCUGAAGUCAAUAACUCCGGAGCUCACUGGGGUUUCAUUAUCAUGACCUGGCUUUACAACUUCUCGUUCUCCUGCACCUGUGGACCCCUGAGUUGGAUCAUUCCCGCUGAGGUGUUCGACACACGUACUCGCGCAAAGGGCGUGUCUCUUGCCACAAUGACCUCUUACGCCUUCAAUACCAUGAUCGGCCAGGUUACCCCCAUUGCGAUGUCCAACAUCCAUUACCGCUAUUACUUUGUGUUUAUUAUUUGCAACUUCACCAACGCGGUAUUCUUCUGGCUGCUCCUGCCGGAGACCAAGAAGCUGCCUCUCGAGGAGAUGAACUAUCUGUUCUCUAACUCUCCAUGGAUCAUCCCCGGCACCCGCAAGGAGAACUAUAUGGUGAACGACUUGGAGCGCAGAGUAGAAGAGCAAGAAGAGAAACAGCACGCUUAUGCUACCCAUGAGGAGAAAUAGGCUGGUGGUAUCUUAGUAUCUGCCGUGGUGCACCCGUUAUACAUUUUGUACUCCAACAAGAUGAUCAAUCGUCAAUACAACCACGAAUAUGAAGAUAGACUAGGGAUGGCAUUAGUUAACGGUAUUCAACCCCAGCAGGUGUGGUGGUUGAUACGAUGUUUGGCUGCAGACGAAACCCUUUCUAGCCUUCUAGCUUUAAUUAUUAUAUUAUGCCGCAUGCAUUUCUGUAUGUCUUAUCGUCACGAUGAAUAUCAUGUUACCCUAUACCAAACAGUACUUUUUUCGUGUGCAAUAAUCUC